AUGUGUAACCCUGAAUAUAAAUAUGCUCUUUAUAGGGAUCAAUACGGGUUCAUCAAGGGCUCACAAUGGGUAUCUGUAGAAGAACAGGACACCUUUGAAAUAUCAUACCAGCCCAUUGUAAAUCGCCGACUACAAAAGUGGCGACGGCUGAUUGCAGAAAAUGAUGGCGAGUGGCCACAGCCGAGCAGUAAAUUCAAGCGAUUCAUUCGUAAAGGAAUACCACCUGAUCUCCGUGGACAAGCAUGGCUUCAUUAUAGUGGUGCCGAGGCAAAAAAGUAUGCGAAUCCAGGCGUUUACCGAGGCUACGUGGAACGAGCCGAAGCCAUGGGUUUGGAAAAUGAAUUUUUGGAUAUCAUUGAACGAGAUCUACAUCGAACAUUUCCGGACAAUGUCCGGUUCAAAUCUAUACCCAAAAACAGCAACAACGACGUACCUGCGAUUCAAUCACUUCGACGAAUUCUUUCUGCAUUCUCCUUGUACGCCCCUGAUAUCGGAUACUGCCAAUCCUUAAACUAUAUCGCUGGUCUGCUGUUGUUGUUUAUGGACGAAGAAGAUGCAUUCUGGACAUUUGUCGUAUUGAUACAAGAUAUCUUGCCGCCCAACAUUUACGAUGUGACCAUGGAGGGUGCCAACAUUGAUCAGACAGUACUGAUGAUGUUGCUGUCAGAACGCAUCCCGCAUGUUUGGAAUCGCAUGGGUAGUGGGAAGUCGUUUUGGGAGUGUGAAGAGGCGGAUGGUAAUAAUGGCAUGCCUACCACGACCCUCGUAACGAGUCAUUGGUUCUUGACUUUAUUUAUCAAUAUUUUGCCGAUCGAGUCUGUGCUUCGUGUAUGGGACUGCUUGUUCUAG